UUACUUCCGGGGCGGCACCGAGAAGCUAAACGGAAGUGGCGUAGGGCAUGCGCCGGUGGCGUGAUGGAGCAGCAGCAGCAGCAGCAACAGCAACUGAGAAACCUGCGUGACUUCCUGUUGGUCUACAAUCGGAUGACAGAACUCUGCUUCCAGCGCUGUGUGCCCAGCUUGCACCACCGAGCUCUGGACGCUGAGGAGGAGGCCUGUCUGCACAGCUGUGCUGGGAAGCUGAUCCAUUCCAACCACCGCCUCAUGGCCGCUUACGUGCAGCUCAUGCCUGCCCUGGUACAGCGUCGCAUCGCAGACUACGAGGCUGCCUCGGCUGUGCCAGGCGUUGCUGUUGAACAGCCUGGGGUCUCUCCAUCAGGCAGCUAGCCAUCCCCAACCCCAGGAGGGAAGGCCCUGGAUGGACCCUCAGAUUGAAGGACCCAGUGGACCUUGGGGUUGGUGAAUCCUAAACAGAGAGAAUUCGAGGUUGCCUGAAAGCUGGGUGUCCUUGCUCCUUUUCCUGGAGCCAAUAUACCCGGUUUUUACUCAGUUUGAUUUAUAUUCUGGGCAAGGAAGCUUUGCCUACUUUAUUGGCACAAUCCUUUGUUCUGUCGUUUAGUAUCUGCUGGCUUUCAGCCCUGGCAGCUGAGAAAUUGUCUUCUAUAUGUAGAAGGAAAACCUGAGCAUUUGCAGGCAUCUGGUUAAAGCAGGGUCUGUGUGUACAAUUUUAAAAUGGGUAAUAUGUCAUGUUCUAUCUUAGUUCAUCUUUACAACAAAACUAUGAGUAAGCGGUAUUAGCCUCACUUAACAGAUGAGAAAGAAGGAUUCCAGAAUGUACCAGAAGGCCAUUUUAUACAACAAGAGAUUGGUUCCUGCCCAGAUGACAGAAAAUGGGAGCUCUGUCUAGUUGUCUUUAAGUCUGACGGACUUCAAUGGCUCAUAACCGUGAGCCAAGUAUUUGUUGGUUCAUAACUGUUGUUUUGUGAACUAUGUCUUAUAUGUCUGCAAUUCUGCUGGAUCUAGGGAAAGGAGGAGCUAUCAAAGUACAACGGAUCAAAAAACCACAGGGCUUUUGGGCACUGCCUCCUUGAGAAGUUAGUGGCCACAGAAGAGAGAUGAAAUCUGUAAGAAGUCUGGAGUCUUUUGGAACUUCAGCCAUUUCCCCAGGUUGUUACUUUCUUAGUAUGUACAGUCUUCUCAGAAUGAGCAGUAAAACCUUUGAACAAAGGUCUGUGUGCUUGUCUUCACGGGCAGUCAGGAAGGGAGAGAUCUGGGGACCAUAUUCUGCAAUACAGCCAAAUCCAAGGAAGAGAAACUGAAGGGAGAAGUAGAUGGCAAUGGUUAUGAUAAAAAGGAUAAAAUGAAAUCUUCGGGACUUCUUUAAUGCUACCUUAAUGUUUCACUGCUCGUCUAGAAUCUCCUAAUUCCAGCUUUCCAUCAUCUGCCCCACAUUGGUCCCAUUGAGUACAUUCUGUGAUUUCUAAUUCCAGCCUCUCCAUUCCUUUCUCAUUAUUGCCUCCCCUGCCCCCCAACUUUGUGUAAUUUACUUCUGUAUUCAGCGGCCUGGAUAGCAUAUCAUUCCAUCACCCCAUUUUCUUGCCACCAUUGGCCAUCUUUUUGUAUCAUUCCACUUAUUUUGUCUUUUCUACUCCUCCAUUCAAACUGCUAGAGAAAAACAGUUGUGUAAUGAACGACAGUAAAUAUUCAAGGCCUCCAACCUCAGCCAAGUCCUCACACCAACACGCAGUCACGCAGUCACACCAACACACACCUUUAUGGGUUCCUGGUCCAUUUCCUUCUCUAAUUACCAUGGCGGUUAUUUUACACCUCUACUGCUGUCCUUAAUCCUAUACCUGCCCUCAUCAGGUGACCCUGUUUCCUUUUUUAGAGAAAUUGAAGCUCUUAGACAUUGGUUUCCACAGUAAUAAUUUUAAAACUUCUUUCAACUACCUACAAAGCAGAUGUUCUAUCCUAUCUACAGAGCAGAAAAUUGAAAUUCUCAAGUAGCAGACCCGGUAUUAAAGUGCAGAUCUGACUUUAAAGUCCAUGUUCAUUUUACACAGCAGGCUGCCUCUUAAGAUAGUAUUUAAUGAGCACCCACUUUGUGUAGGUUCUGAUUUUGGUAGAUGUCAUGCUUUAUCUUAAUCUUUACAACAACUGUAAGUAAGAGGUAUUAACCUCACUUAACAGAUGAGGAAGCAAGAAUCCAGAAUGUGCCAAAAGGCCCUUUUAUACACAGUUUCUUUCUUUUUUUUUGAGACAGAGUCUCGCUCUGUCGCCCAGGCUGGAGUGCAGUGGCGCGAUCUAGGCUCACUGCAACCUCCGCCACCCGGGUUCAAGCAAUUCUCCUGCCUCAGCCUCUCAAGUAGCUGGGAUUACAGGCGUGCGCCACCACACCCAGCUAAUUUUUUUUUGUAUUUUUAGUAGAGACGGGGUUUCACUAUAUUGGUCAGGCUGGUCUUGAACUCCUGACCUUGUGAUCCGCCCGCCUCAGCCUCCAAAAGUGCUGGGAUUACAGGUGUGAGCCACCACGGCCGGCCUAUACUAAGUUUCUUACUGAGAAAAAUGGUUCCAAUCAUGUUUUUUGCCCUCUUUAGCUGCUAUCUCUUGAACAGAAAAGUUUGUUAGGAAGGUAAAAGUUGCUGACUAGGACCUUACCCACUGAGUGGCACUCUGUCCUUGGGAGAUAUAAAUGCAAGUAAAACAGGUUUGAACUUCUUAACUUCCAGAAGAUAGGAGGAUGGGACCUGUGAUACUGUGCUGCUGGUGGGAGGACCCUUCCACAUCAACAUUUGUGUGUAUCCUUGCAAUAACUUCCACUGUGAAUUA